GUCGCGACGAUCGUCGACGGCGAUGGACGGUCUUGCGCGCACGUCGCGGCGGCGCGAGGGGACGUCGGCGUGCUCAAGGCGCUGGUGUGCGAGCUCGGGUGCGACGCCGACGCGCCCGACGCCGAGGGCUUCACCGCGCUCACGACGGCGGCGGCGCUCGGACACGUCGAGUGCGUGAAGACGCUGGUGAGCCUGGGAGCGGACGCGAGGAAAUUAACGAAAUCUGGGGCGGGAGCGAUGCAUCAGAUCGUCAUGGGGGCGCACGCGAAAGGGAUCGGCGCGGACGCGACGCGCUGCGAGGAGGCGCUGCGGACGCUCGCGAGCGGGACGUACGGGCUGACGAUAUCGGAGGCGAUCGAACAGCGGUGCGCGAACGUGGGGACGCCGUUGCUGGUGGCGGCGAUGAGAGGGUGCUCGGGGAUGCUGGAGACGCUGUUGAAGCACGGGGCGAGGUGUGACGUCGCGCUCGAGGGCGGCGUCGCGGCGACGGCGCUCGCGUGCGCUUCGGGAGAUUUGAAGAGCGUGGAGGUGUUGAUUGACGCCGGCGCGAACGUGAACGCGGGACCGGAGGGGAGUAUGACGGCGUUGCACAUCGCCGCCGCGCAUCCCGCGACGGAGACGUGCUCGGAGGCGAUGGUGAAGGCGCUGUUGAAGGGCGGCGCCGACGCCGACAAGGCGGAUUCGGGAGGCAUGAAGGCGAUUCACGCCGCCGCGGCGACGAAGAGGCGCGUCGUCGUCGACGUGUUGCUACCCGUGACGACGCCCGAUGACGAGGGCGAGUGGACGACGGAUGCCAUCAUCGCGCGCGUCGCCGCGAAACUGAGCGCGAUGCAAAGAGACAGUGGCGUCGACGCCGGCGAGGCGCCAGCGUCGACCUCGGAACGAUUCGUCACGCGAGACGCCGAGGCGGCGGCGAAGACGAAACGUGCGGGUAACGAAGCGUUCGUGGCGGGGAAAUUCGAAGAGGCAGAAACGGAGUACUCGUCAUCCCUCGAACAGGAUGGUUCGUGCGCGAAGACGUGGGCGAAUCGCGCGGCGGCGCGUCUAAAGCUCAAGAAAUACGAAGGCGCGAGGGACGACGCGCGCGCGUCGAGGACGCUCGAUCCGAUGUUCAUCAAGGCGUGGUACCGCGAGGGCGAGGCCGCGCUAGAGUUAGAGGAGUACGAAGACGCCGCGUUAGCGUUUUUUGAGGGUUUGCAAGUCGACGGUGAUAACGCAGACUUGAAACGGAUGUUUGAUCUCGCCAUCGCUCGAGGUCGCGAG